AUGAGCGGUAAAGAAGAAUUCCUUUCUAAAUCUGAGCGCACUACAUGUUGGUCAUCCCGUGAUUAUUAUUGGGAAUGUUUGCGAUCCAAUAAUGAAGAAGCCGCCAAAUGUACAGAUCUAAGAAAAAUCUAUGAAUCAUCGUGUCCUGCUCAAUGGGUAGAUAGAUUUUUAAAUAUAACCAAGUUAUUAUGUAAAUACAGGAUGAUUUUUUUUAUCAUGAUACAUUUUAUCAUCAUCGAUAGGCAAUUUAUUUCCCUUCCCUACUCCCCUGGUCAAAAAUUUAAAUUGUUAGAACUCAUAAACGGUAAAUCUGAUAUGAGUUGAUGCAUAUUAAAAUUUCUAGAAAAAUAUUUCACAUUUAAAUCUGUGUUCAAAAAGGGGUUCCCUAUUUGAAAAUCAAAAGUAUGCACUUAUUUAAGGUAUAUGGAGUAAAAUCACCAUUUAUUUCGGUAAAAUAUAUCAUAUUGUCUAUCUGUUUUAUUGUUUUAGUUGUGACAAAUAUUAUUUAAUUAUACAUUUUAAAUGUUACCUAUUUAGUUUAUACAUUAAUACUUACACUUUAAUUUAUUAACGUUCAUUUUAUGAAAAUAUUCAUAUGGCCAUCAAUGUACAUCUUUCUAAUUCAAUAUUUAACCAUAGACAACAACUUAAAUAAAUUUUAAUAUUUAAUAUUGUAUCUAAUUAAAUUUUUACAGGUGAAACAUUUUGAUAGAAAAUUCAACUAUUUGAAGUUUAAAGAAAAAAUGGAAACUGAAGGUUAUGAGCCUUUAAAUAAUAUAUGA